GGAUUCGGAGCCGGGCGGCUACGGGCGGGGUGUCGCAGCUCUCUUCGACGUACCUGUCCUCAGGAGCUGCGGCGGCGACUGCGCCUCGGACGGCCGUCGGGGCCGAGAACCAUGAGCCCCAGGGGCAGGGGCUGCUCCGCCGGGCUGCUGCUGACGGUCGGCUGGCUGCUCCUGGCGGGCCUCCAGUCCGCGAGCGGGACCAACGUCACCGCUGCCGUCCAAGAUGCCGGCCUGGCCCACGAAGUCGAGGGCGAGGAGGAGACCGAUGACAACGACAGCGAGACCAAGGAGCACAACGCCCCUCCUGAAACCGAGGAUGUUUCAAAUGGGAAUGUCGUCAAAGAAGUAGAAUUCGGAAUGUGCACCGUUACAUGUGGUAUUGGUGUUAGAGAAGUUAUAUUAACAAAUGGAUGCCCUGGUGGUGAAUCCAAGUGUGUUGUACGGGUAGAAGAAUGCCGUGGACCAAUAGAUUGUGGCUGGGGUAAACCAAUUUCAGAAAGUCUUGAAAGUGUUAGACUGGCAUGUAUUCACACAUCUCCUUUAAAUCGUUUCAAAUAUAUGUGGAAACUUCUAAGGCCAGACCAACAAUCCAUUGUACUUGUAAAUGAUUCAGCAAUCCUAGAAGUACACAGGGAAAGUCACCCCUUGGCUUUCGAGUGUGACACACUGGAUAAUAAUGAAAUAGUAGCAACUAUUAAAUUCACAGUCUAUACGAGCAGUGAAUUGCAGAUGAGAAGAUCAAGCCUACCAGCCACAGAUGCAGCCUUAAUUCUUGUGCUGACCAUAGGAGUCAUUAUCUGUGUAUUUAUAAUCUUCUUAUUGAUCUUCAUAAUCAUAAAUUGGGCAGCAGUCAAGGCUUUCUGGGGGGCAAAAGCCUCUACACUUGAGGCACAAUCCGAGCAGAGUUCUGCGAGAUACAAAGAUUCAACUUCUCUUGACCAAUUACCAACAGAAAUGCCUGGUGAAGAUGAUGCUUUAAGUGAAUGGAAUGAAUGAUGUUUCAAUGAUAUAUAACAAACCAAAGGAUAUUACAGAAUAUUAGAUUCAUUAUUAUAAAAAUAAAAUAUACCUUGAAAUACUUUAA